CGGAACCCUAGGGCGCCCGGGCUCAGCCUGAGGCCUGCGUCCCGGAUGGACCCCCGGGAGUCAGGAGGGCUCGGGGAUGAGCAGAGCGCAGAAGUGACUUCGUUCCCCUACCCACCGCAAGGGUCUCGGUCUCCCAUAAUCUAGCAGGCCUCUUGGGCUCCGGCCUGCCAGCGGCGCCGCCACAUCGGGCCUAAAAUGGCCGCUCGUGCUGGGACCCGCCGGGUGCGUGAAGAGUCGGCCGAAGUCCGGAACCAGGGACUGCUCCCGGCAUGCUUCGCGUGGCGUGGCGUGGGCUCCCUUCCCCCAUCUCCGGGUCCCGCGAGAGGGAGGCCCCCGGGCUUUGAGAGAGCCCUUUGGGGUGAGGACAGCAAAAGGAGUGGAAGGGAUUUAGUUGAAGACCUGUCGUUACUAUCGAGCCUUAAAACACCAGAGUGGAACAUCCAUCCCUGAGGCAGGGGUAUAGAGUGUAGCCUCAGCAGAGAACUCUGAGACACAGGUAGCAUGGCCCACGGCUUGAUUGAGGUAGAGCGAAAGUUUAUCCCAGGGCCUGGCACAGAGGAGCGGCUGCGGGAGUUGGGGGGCACCCUGGAGCACCGAGUCACCUUCCAAGACAGCUACUAUGACACCCCUAAGCUGAGCCUCAUGAGGGCUGACUACUGGCUGCGACAGCGAGAAGGUAGCGGAUGGGAGCUCAAAUGUCCCGGGACAGCUGGUGUCUCAGGACCCCACACUGAGUACAAGGAACUCACAGUUGAAUGUGCAAUUGUGGCCCAGCUCUGUGAGGUGCUGGACACUGAGGUCCUGGGAACUGGAGGUGUAGCUGCUGUGCUGGGCCCACUGGGGCUGCAGGAAGUAGCUAGUUUUGUGACUAAGCGGAGUGCCUGGAAGCUGGUGCUGUUGGGGGCUGAGGAAGAGCUGCCGCUCAGGGUGGACCUGGACACAGCUGACUUUGGCUAUGCUGUGGGUGAGGUGGAGGCCCUGGUACAUGAAGAGGCUGAAGUGCCAACUGCCCUGGAGAAGAUCCACAGCCUCAGCAGCCUGCUUGGUGUGUCAGAGCAGGAGAAGGCACCAGCCAAGCUGAUCGUGUACCUACAGCACUUCCGGCCCCAAGAUUAUCAGCACCUGCUAGAAGUGAACAGCUCCAAAGAAAGGCCACAGGGAACUCAACAUUCUGACUGUAGCCUGGGCUAGGGGUGACAUUUGCUAGAGGUAGAAGAGAGCUCUGGGCCUAACAGUUUCAUUCCUGGGCUCUCUGUGCCUCUUACCCUGGCUUCUUUUCUGACAGUGACUCCUUUCUUCAGCUCUGCCUGUUCCCUCACCUACACUUCCUCAAGCCCUCCGUGGCUGCCUUCUCUCCCUCAUCCGUCAGAUGCAAUCUCUGGGCCGCCCCUCUCCCCUGGCCACUAAGCAGCCUCCAUUGAUUUCCGCUCGUGUUUAUAGGAUUUCCACUUAGCCGUGAUCAGUAGUUAAGCACAGGAAAAUCCCUUGCCACCCCCCCUUCUUUGGUCGAUGCCAUUGAUUCUGCCAGCGGCUCCUAACCCGCCUUACAGCUGAGUUAGAGAUGAGGGGAGGCAGCAGGGAUUUCCCUGCCCUGGGGUGUGGGGAAUAGCAGCUGAUUCGGGAGAUGGGUGGAAACUCCUGUUAAAAACCUAGACAUUCUGGUUUGUUUUUGCAGCUGUGCCUCACUCUGUCCACAGAAGGUAGUGUGUGUCCUGAGGAAGUUUAGGGGUAAAUUUGUUCCCAAGGCUAGAGAAGGGGAGAAAGAAAACCCUCCUUUUUGAAAUGGGAAAAUACAUACUUCCUGUGUAAAAAUGUAUCUUCCCUUGCUGUUAUCUGUAUAUACUUUCUACCUCAAAUAUACCCAAAUAUGCUUCCCCCGCUCAGGUUUUAUUGGGCUUUCAUCAUUUGUGGGAGAGGGUGGGAAACCCCCACUGUUUUUACAGUGGGACGCAAGGGCCAGAGCGCCACCUGCUGGUAGCCCUCAGGUGUAGGCUCCAAACUGCCAGGGCCCCUGGGCUCGGGGCACAGAGGGCUUGAGGCUAUGAGUGGAGGCUGAGCCCCUGAACCCAUUACUGCCAUGUCUCCACAGGCAAGUUGUUCACCUCAAAGAUCUCCUGUACUGACUGGCCAAAGUGGCUGUAGGUGAGGCGCAGCUUUAACCGCAAGGGGGCCUAGGAAUAGGAGAGCAGAUAAAAGGAUUAGCACCAGUGCCUUCUCCCUCCCCUGGAUCUUAUCCAUGGGGGCUCCCAGAGCUCACCUUGUUGGGAUUGAGGAUUCUGAGGAGCUGGGUGAUGGGAAGGCCACCCCGAGCUGGAACUGUGUCCCCACUGGGGGCCUGCAGCUGUAGUUGGAAAUUCUGAACACAGGAGGUUUGGGCGGAGCACAGUGAGGCAGCUGACUGGGCUCAGACAACCCCUCCACACCCAACGGUUCCAGACCCUUUUCCCAUAACUCCCCAAGUGCUUGUCCCUGCACACCACUCUUCCCAUCUCCUCCUCCUCUCUUCUGCCCACCUCCUCUAUUUAGUGGCUUCUUCUCCGGGAGUACCCAGGCCACCUCUGAACUCUGCUUUUAUACAAACCUUGGGCACAGCGGCCUGGCAGAUGAAGUGGGUGACAUCAUCCCCUGAGGAGUUGGUGGCGGUGGCAGUGAUUAAAAGCAAAGUAGGGGUUCCAGGAGGUCGAACAAAAGAGAGAUUCAGCUGUAGUCCCUCGCGCUCAAACACCUUGAGAUUUGGGAUGGGAGCUAGAGUAGGGAGAGACUUGGCAGCUCAGUGUUCCGGCUGCAGACGACAAGUUCAUUCAUUCAACAAAAAUCAGUUCAGAUUGUAUACUCUGGAUGGCUUAUAUGGUGUAUGAAUAUAUCUCAAUAAAACUGCUAAAGAAAAAAAAUCAGUUGAGCACCUAUUAGGUGACAAAUUGGAAAUGAGGUC